AGCCGCCGGUAAACGCCACGCUCCUGCAAUCACAACCACCCUUUUCUCCCACAAAACGUCUUCGUUUUUCCUCCUUUUUCUCCCCCCCAUGAAACCUCCCACCAUUUUUACCCAAUCUCAAAACCUGCACAUGUAUUCCUCCUUCAAUCAUCUCCAUUCUAUGCCUCUCCGUUUUCUUCAAUCAUCACUCCUACCUCCGUCUUUCCCACAUAACAAUUUCAUCGAUUCCCCCAAAAAACAAGACAGAAAAUUGCUUCUCUGUGUUCAAGAUUCAAGAACACAACUUCUUGAAUGUAAUAACAACAAUAAUAAUCCCAAAUUCUGUCGACCCGAUUACCCUGACCAAUUUUCCUGCGUACCCAUUUCAAAGAUUCUCAGAAAACCCAUACAAGAAGAAGAAAAAGUUCGCCAAGAAGAUGGAGAUGAUGAUUUAUGGCUGGUUAUGAAAGAUGAAGCUCAAUCAGACGUUAAUCGAGAACCCAUUUUAUCCAACUAUUAUUUCAGCUCAAUCUUGUCUCAUAAUGUUAUCGAAACCGCUUUAGCUCAUUAUCUUUCUGUGAAGCUCAGCGAUUCAAGUCUUCCAAGUGGGACCCUUUAUGAGCUUUUCAUGAGUGUGCUUUCAGAGGAUCAAGAAAUCAUUAGAGCAGUUAAAGAUGAUUUAAGGGCUGUAAAGGAAAGAGACCCAGCUUGUAUUAGUUACGUUCAAUGUUUCUUGAACUUUAAGGGUUUUCUUGCUUGCCAAUCUCAUAGGAUAGCGCACAAACUAUGGUCACAAGAUAGAAAAGUUUUAGCCUUUAUGAUACAAAAUAGGGUUUCAGAGGUUUUUGCAUCGGAUAUACAUCCGGGGGCGAAGAUUGGGCGGGGAAUAUUGCUUGAUCAUGCCACCGGAGUAGUCAUCGGAGAGACUGCUGUAAUUGGCAACAAUGUGUCCAUUUUGCAUAAUGUGACAUUGGGUGGCACAGGGAAGGUUAGUGGGGAUAGACAUCCGAAAAUUGGAGAUGGGGUUUUGAUCGGGGCUGGGACUUGCGUUUUGGGUAACGUUAGGAUUGGAGAGGGGGCGAAAAUAGGGGCGGGUUCGGUGGUUUUGAGAGAUGUGCCUGCUAGAACUACUGCUGUUGGGAAUCCUGCUAAGCUAAUUGGAGGGAAAGAAAAUCCAGUUAAGCUUGAUAAGAUCCCUGGUCUUACUAUGGACCAUACUUUACAUAUAAAUGAAUGGUCUGAUUAUGUUAUAUAAAAUUGUCUGUUUUUGAAGUUCACAAUGUGAUUGGUUCCCCCAAUGGAUGUCUGUUUUUGAUUGUUCUCUUUUGUUCAAGUGGGAGUUGAAGUUAAAGAUCUUUUGGUGGGAAUUGUCAUUUUCUACAAUGUAUAUGUAUAUGAGCUAUAUUUUAGUUGUACCAAUAGAUUUAAUGCAGAUUGUGAUGAAUAAAGAGGGUUUGUGGCCUUCAAAUGUUUGUAGAUGCC